AUGUCCUAUCGCCCAUCUCUUUCAGAAUUUUUCGAGCCAGUCAAUUACUCGACCCUGUCCACUGAUUACGUUUACUUAAGAAACGUUGAAGAGGCUCGCAAGACAGUAAAGUAUCCCGAAUAUUUGGCGAAAACCGAGAAGGAUGAGAUUGGGAAGUACCGCCGAUUUGACAACCCUGGACAUGCUGCCAGAGACCGUGGGAACUUUGGCGAUCCCAAGUUCAGAAACAUCUUCCCAGAGGGCAUUGAGAAAUAUAACCACUUUGAUAUAACUCCUGACUUGGGAACGGAAAUCGAUGACGAGUCGUUUCAAUUGAGUCAAUUGAGUGACGCCGCCAAGGAUGAUUUUGCUUUGUUCUUGGAACAGCGAGGUUUGGCCGUCUUUCGCCAACAGGAUUUCCGUGAUAAGGGCCCUAAGUUUGCCAAGGAAUUUGGCGAGUAUUUCGGUAGACUUCACAUCCAUCCUGUGAGCUAUUCAGCCGCGGGUUAUCCAGAGCUUUUCACCACCUUCAGAAACGCUGGUACUAAGGAGCGUUACGAAAAAGUGUACGCAGACACCACCCAGCUGUACGGAUGGCACUCAGAUGUAAGUUUCGAGAAAUAUCCAUCGCUGUUCUCAAUCUUUGUCGCUCUUGAAGCACCCCCCUCUGGAGGUGACACCGUGUUCAUUGACCUUAGAGAGGCCUACAGGAGAUUGCUGCCAACGAUCCAAAAGUUCUUCGAGACUUUGACCGUUAUUCACUCCAACGUGUAUCAAAACAAGUUUGCUGCCCACAAUGGUCAACCAGCUCGUGUCAGCGGUGACUUAUACACGAAGCACCCUUUAGUCAGAGUACAUCCUGUCACCAAGGAGAAGCUGUUGUUUUUCUCCAGAGGCUUCAUUCAGCGGGUUGAGGGAGUCAAGAAACAAGAGCUGGACUUUAUCCUUAACUUUUUGGUCGAGCACGUCACUAGUAACCCCGAGUUCCAAGUGAGAGCACUUCAUAAAGGAGGUGAUCUGCGCCUGGUCAUUGCAUGGGACAAUCGGUUCUUGUUGCACACUGCAACGUUAGACUUCUUGCGGCACACCACCGGUAACCGUCACCAUUUCCGGAUCACGGUAUUGGGUGAAAGACCUUACAACGAUGUUAUCGGUGAUGGCGAUGGCAAUAAAGAGGAGGAAUCUGGGACUCUCACUCCACCUGGCAGUGAUUAG